CAACGACCUCGGCCAGGCCCAGAACCACACUGGGCCCAUUGAAGAUAUCGCAGCUUUGUAAACAAAGGAGGCAUUAUGCCCACGCCCGUACUCUACCUCAGCGAUAUUGGAGAUAGCAGUCGCGUCACGGCAAAGUUCACUUCGGUGCUGCCCAUUUACAUCACGUCCGACUACGAAGAGACCGAUAUUGUACGAGGCCAAGUCGACACUCCUGCGAUGUGGAUGCAGGACCUCACUACGCUUGCCCAGAGCACGACUUGGAACCUCGCGCGCGACCCGACCACUGGACGUUACUCGAUCGAUCAUGCUUGAUUAAGGAAUGCGACAUCGAUGCGCCUAGAUGUUUAUUCUGUGGGAUAUGCAUCAGUGUUUUCUCUUUUUUCAUAGCAUUUUUAUCCAAACCAAUGGCUCCAAUUGGUUCCUUAUUCUUUUUAUGAUAUUGCUUGUAUGUCAUGUAUUUCGUCUAUGUGUUUGAACUCUUACUGCCAGGUUGCCAACUUACAUAUGACUCCUCUUUCCAGGUCUAUGCAAGGCUACCGUGACCUGCACAGCCCACGUUGCUUUUCCAGAGCUCGGGCCGUGAAUGGGAACGCCAUCAGCGCUGAAACUUCCGUGAACAUAAUCAAU